UACAUAUCAUCCUCACGUGCUAUUCAAACUUGGAACUCACAGAUCCAUCCAUCCAUCAUCAACUCUGCUUCACACUUAACAAACAAGCUUACAUUUAGCGGCAGCGGCAGCAGCAGAGCAAUCAAAAUGGGGUCUGAAGAGUACCAGACGCUGCUGCUCCGGUUAGACUCCCACUCGAGUUUGUCGUCCAGCGGGGUGGAGGGCCUGCUCUCGCAGGGCCAGCCGGCGUCCCUCAACUCGUACCUCCGGCUGGCCGGAUGGGAGUCCAGGCUUCUCUGGCAGCUCUCCGGGGCCUCCAUCGCCGUCUCCAUCUUCAAUUACAUGCUUAGUUUUGUCACCCUCACCUUCACCGGCCAUCUCGGCGCCUUGGAGCUGGCCGGCGCCUCCAUUGCCAGCGUCGGAAUUCAAGGUCUCGCUUAUGGGAUCAUGCUGGGCAUGGCGAGCGCCGUCCAGACGGUGUGCGGGCAGGCAUACGGAGCAAAGAGAUACGGAGCCCUGGGGGUGAUAUGCCAGAGGGCGGUAGUGUUGCACGUGGGAGCAGCCGUGCUGCUCACAUUCCUCUACUGGUUCGCGGGGCCAAUCCUCAAGGCAAUCGGCCAAUCGGAUAGCAUAGCGGACGAAGGGCAAGUGUUCGCCAGGGGGCUGAUCCCUCAGCUCUACGCCUUCGCCAUAAGCUGCCCCUUGCAGAGGUUCCUCCAGGCGCAGAACAUUGUCAAUCCUCUUGCUUACAUGUCCGUGGGAGUCUUUCUCCUCCACAUUCUCAUCACAUGGCUGGCUGUCUACGUCCUCAACUACGGCCUAAUAGGAGCUGCUCUCACCCUCAGCCUGUCCUGGUGGCUUCUCGUCAUUUUGCAAUCACUCUACAUACUUCUCAGCCCAUCCUGCGCCCAAACUUGGACUGGUUUCUCUCGAAAAGCUUUCACUGGGAUUUGGCCUUAUUUCAAGCUCACUGUUGCCUCUGCUAUCAUGUUGUGUUUGGAGAUAUGGUACUUCCAAGGGCUCGUGCUUAUAUCAGGCCUCCUUCCCAACCCAACAAUCUCUCUCGAUUCCAUCUCCGUUUGCAUGAAUUACCUGAACUGGGACAUGCAGUUCAUGCUGGGGCUGGCCGCAGCAGCCAGCGUGAGGGUGAGCAAUGAGCUCGGGGCAGGGCAUCCAAUGGUGGCGAAGUUUUCGGUGGUGAUAGUGAGCGGGACCAGCAUUGCCAUCAGCAUAGUGUUCAGUGCCAUUGUUCUGAUAUUCAAGGUGGGAUUAAGCAAGCUGUUUACGAGCGACUCGGAAGUGAUUGAGGCAGUGUCCAGCUUGACACCAUUGCUUGCCAUCUCUGUUUUCCUCAAUGGCAUCCAGCCGAUACUCUCAGGUGUGGCCAUUGGGAGCGGAUGGCAAGCGGUGGUGGCAUAUGUGAAUCUGGGGGCGUACUACAUAAUUGGACUGCCAAUCGGAUGCGUUCUUGGCUUCAAAACAAGCCUUGCAGCUGCGGGGAUAUGGUGGGGGAUGAUCUUAGGAGUGAUGUUGCAGACAAUAAGUCUGGUGAUUCUAACAGCCAGAACAAAUUGGAACGCUGAGGUUGCCAAAGCUGCCGACCGCUUGCACCAAUCUGCAGAGGUAGACGUGUUGCACCUUGUCGACCCCGAUCCAUGAUCGCCGCCGCCGGCCGCCAGCAUUCGUCGUUAUCGUGGUGGUGGUGGUGGUGAAGUAACCAAAAUAGGGGCGAGGGCAUGCAUGGUGCAUCAACUCAACAGUGCCCAUGCUUCCAUCCGAAAUUACUCUUGUUUUCUUCCCUUUUUUCCUUGUUUCGGGGUAAUUGAUUUAAGAUGCUAAGAUGAUGGCAAUUUUGCUCUUUCAGCUGCCAGUAUCUGUUCUAUCUACUCUUAUUGCUUCCAA